AUGACCGCCUCCUCAUAUCUCCAAUCCCUCCAAAAAGACGGCUUCGUCGUCAUCCCCUCUGUCAUCCCACCAUCCUCCCCGGAAUUCACCACGCUCAUCCACGCCGCCACACAUGCCACAACCCGCACCCGCACAGGCUCCUGGCCUCACUUCCGCACCGUCCCCAAACAGUUCCCGCCCUGGCCAACAAACGUCCCACCCCCGGCCUCCGAAGGCGGCAUCUGGGGCGUCCAGCACCUCCUCCACCCCGACAUGCCGGGGCGGACCGAGUUCGCAAAGUUCUACUUCGACGAGCGCAUACUAGCCGUUGUGGAAGAGCUACUAGGCCACCCGAAUUCCAACUCCAGCACUGCUAAUGGAGGAGCGGAGAAGCCCGAGAGUCUAGUCAUGGAACUGUUUAACCUGCUCGUCGCGCCUGAGAACCAUGACUUCGCGCUGCGCUGGCAUAGAGAUGAUAUCCCCGCCGAUGUUUCGCCCGAGGAGGAGGAGCGGUUGCUCGCGUCGAAGAGCCCCGGUGGUCGACAGUCGCACGCGCAAUAUAAUCUUGCGCUGUGUGAGGACGCUUCGCUGAUUGUUGUGCCCGGGUCCCAUAGGCGUGUGCGCACGGAGACAGAGCGUAAUGCGGAUCCUUAUGAGGAUAAUAUGCCGGGGCAGUUGGUUGUACAGCUCCAGCCUGGGGAUGCGGUGUUUUAUGAUAGCAAUAUCUUGCACCGUGGGGUUUACAAGGCGAAGAGGGAGGGGGCGGAGGAGUCGAGGUUGACUCUGCAUGGGAGUGUUGGGGUUAAAGAGCCUGGGACUGGCACAGGGCCCAGUAAGGCUGAGGAGAAGAAGGUGAGAGCGACGGCGGUGUUGCAGCAUGGCGUUGGGGCUUGGGUGCACAGGGAGGACGCGGCGUUUGGGAUUGGGGAUAGGGCGGAAAAAAUGAGGGCGAAUUUGGUUGCGAUGGGGACUGGUGAGGGAGUUGGGUUUUCCUUGCAGGGCUGA